AUGCAGAAAGGCCCGAGACAACUAGAUCCAGAUCCAGAGAGCAAGAACGAGUUGAAAGACUUCUUGUCCGCCGAUGCAUUGAAAGUGAUCAAGCGAAACUCGCUUGGUCUUGCAGCCAAGAUCGAGCAGUUGCAGAAAACAAAUGCUCGCAUCGGCAAGCUUGAAGACGAAGUUGCAGCUCUUGAGCAAGGCCGUUUGCCGAAGGGCAACAAGCCUUUCACAGUUCCUUUUGAGACUUCUCUGUGGGACACCAUGCAGGCAUCUGAAGAGACACGAACAUGGACAGUCACAGUUCCGGAAGGUUCUUCGCUACGAGAAACGCGUGAGUUCAUGUACUUGUCUUUUCUGAAGAAGAUUCGCGACAUGGAUCUGCAGCUGGCAAAGAAACAGAGAGAAGACCUUAGGACUACUACAAAGAAGAGCACUUUCGUUGACAGAUGCUUAGAGACAAGGUCUACGCAUUCAGAGCUUUGGAAAGAGCUCGAUUUGGAGCUUGACGUAGAUGAUUCGGACAUCAAAGGCAUGAGUGUCGAAUCUCUUACUGCCAAGGCGACGGUCAUUUACAAGCGUACUGUUGACAAAGCCGCUUCUUCGUUGAAAGCCAAGAAAGACUUGGAGACUCGCAAGGCAGCACAGCGUGACCGUGUGCUUGAGCAAAUCGUGAAGAAAUCUCCUCAAGAUUUUCUGAACGAAGCCAUUGAUCAGCGCAUUGCCGCCGUCUCCAAAGCAAUGCCGAAGCCUAGCCAAGCCGUUUUUAGAGCUCCUCCAGGAUUGCCAAUCGAUGCAGCUUCUGCUUUUGUGUCCGCAUCUUCCAACGCGAUCAUGACGAAAGAUGAUGUGGCAGCUUUUGUAGAGGGCGCGGCAGAAGCACUCGUGGCCGGGGCAGAGGCCGUUCGGAAAAGGCAAGAGCAAGAGCAGCGGCAAGCCAGCGGGGAAGCCGAAAGGGCGUCCCAGCUACAACUGAAGACGUUUUUGAAGUGGAUCUGUGGCAUGCCCAUCCCUGAGCUACAAUGCUUGAUGCAAUGUGGGCAGGGUCUAAGAGGCCUGUACACAUAUUCACCUGCAGAGAAACAGGCGUGGGUGGCUUCUCCAAGAGAUGUUCCCUGGCCUAUCGAAUUUGUUUUACGGUUUCAUGCCAAGCACGUUUUCACAUCCAGACGUUUGCCAUCUCUUGCAAGUGUUUCACGAGCAUUACAACAGUGGGAAUUCAAGAUACGGUGGAGAUAUGAGUUCAACAAGCUUUCCGUGCAUGAGACUCCACUUGAAGAGACGCAGCAAUGGUGGAAGCUACACGAUCGCCAUUCCACACCACCCAUCGGCCAGAACAUGCCUGAACAGUGGGAAGUGUUCUUACAUGAAGCAAAACUGGCAGCGAUGAAACGUUUCGCAGCUUCAAGAAGCUUUUUUCGCGACAAGCGACAUCUUUGCUCCAACCUCAGCCCCAUAGCACGAUGGGGUUUGAAGCUGCUCCGUGAAGGCCCGCUAGGAGCAGUGAAGACCGACAAAGAUGGAGGCUUUACCGUUGUGAACAAGCAUGAGCUUAAAGAAGCUGUUACAUCUUCACUUCGUGGGCCUCAGUACCAGGAGAUUGUGGUGCAUGAAGACCUCGUAACUGACAUGGUGCAAGAGUACCGCAACGUUUGCGAGAUGAUCCGACUGCAUACUCGAGACAAUGAGCUUUCAAAUGCCUUGACCUCGUCUUUGCGGCGCGGAGGUCGUGAUUUUGCUUGCUCUGUUCUCACUACCGUCAAGACGCAUAAAGAUCCAGGUCAAGUUUCGCUGCGUAUCAUACAUGCGGCCCCGAAGCAUUUCAUGAAUCCAGGGAUGCGGUGGAUUGGCAUGCAUCUUAAGUCUUUCAUUGCCACGCACCCGCAUAUACUCAAAGAUUCUGACCACUCUCUCUCUCUUUGCACGCCACGGCCCAAGGGCCGUGUCACGUCCGCGCGGGUCCAAGGCUACCUAACUCGCACCAUUUGGUGCGGGAUGCCGACCCGGGGGUCCUGCACAUCCGCUGAGACCGAAUCUCAAGCUCAUUAA